CCCAACUCAUCAUCGACAUGUCGUUGAAGCAAUCUCUUGUCUCCUCCUUGCACUCUAUAAUUGUCUUGCGUUCUUACGCACUGCUAUGCUCCCGCCACCAUGGUCUCCCAGCGCGCGGAGGUGGACACCACGAGUCCAUUUCGAUCCGUGAAGGAGGCUGUUGAAAUCUUCGGGGAACGCUUCCUCACAGGCAAUGUCAAUUCUCACAAGACCAGCUCGUCUGCCAAACUCGACAUCAUCAGAAGCUCCCCGAUCUAUUCUUUGCCACCUCCGAAGCCUCUCCUUUCAGCAAAUUCCUCGCCGCCCUCCUUGUCUUCCACCGCCCGUUUCAUUCAUGAAAGAGAUGACGAGCUCGUAUCUCUCAACGCGCUCAAGAAGUUGGAGCACGAACUACACGAGACAAAGUGCGAGCUGAAGCUGCUGAAGGAGAGGCAGUCUGAGACAAAGCUAGCAGUGGCGAGCCUCUGUCUCCAGCUCCAGAAGAGCAUGUCCAAACUGAGAGAGAUCGAAGCAGUUGAGGCAGAACCGAGCAACCUGGCGAUCGAAGACCAGCCCUGUAAAGUUAGAAGUGAUCGAUGGCGAGAGGAUAACAUCCGGGAGAGCGAGUACUUACCGACUCUGGCUCAAGCGCUUAGCCUUGGGAGGAUGGAGCAUGACUUGGGUGGAAGAGGACAGAGAAAGCUGCAGAAGAGGAAGCCCAUCGUUCCUCUCAUUGGAGGCAUCUUUGCCAAGAAAAAGGGAGCUACUGAUUGCAGAAACUCCCUCUACACCCCAUCCUUUUACAGUGUUCUGAGCUGAUGCUUUGUGUGAUUCUUGUUUUGGUGUUGGCCUUCUUGCCUUCUUGUGUCCCAUAAGCUUUAGAUGAGAGGAUUUUGUCAAUCUUAUGGAGAACAUUUGUUUUAUGUUCACCUUCA